GGGUUCCUUGCUAGCUCGUAUUGCGCCAAGAAGUAAACCUUGCUAUUGCAUUCUGGACAUAUCUGGUCUCCUGGUGGUCUCUUUGGGGGUCCUAAUAUGGGCAUAACAUCUUUAGGGGCCCGUCCGGGAUCCCCCGGAGACCCCACCAGGAACCCCAAGGUCCAGAGGUUCCUUGACUUCUACCGCAGCUGCAGCCUGUUUGUCCAGUCUGUAUCAAGCCAGCUAGCCACCGGGAAUGGCAAGGAUGUUCAAGAGACUGCCAGCAACAACAACGUGAUUGUCAAGAGGCGAAGAUGGGCUACUUUUUGUUCAGCUGAAUGGCCCACAUUCAACGUCGGGUGGCCGGCAGGCGGAACCUUGGAUGCAGCGACCAUCCACCGAGUGGAGGAAAUUGUUUCCCGGCCCUGCUCUGGCCACCCUGACCAAGUCCCCUAUAUUGUUACCUGGAGGGGCCUGAUAGACAGGGAGGGGGGACCCCUUCCCUGGGUUAAACCCUUCUUACCUCCACAACAGGUUCCAGGCACUCAGGUCCUGGCCACCAGGCCCAAGAGCUCCCAAGCGGGCCAAGAAAUGGAGAGGAGGCCCACGGCUGUGUUUCAGGGGGGACCCCUGAAGCAGAACUCUUUCCACCUCCCUAUUCUCCCCUCCCCAGGUCCAUCCUACAGCGCCUACGGAGGAAGCCCAGGAGCCUCAGCCGUCGAGAGCUGAGGGGGGGAGGGCGGCACAAUCCACCCGCAGUAGGAGGGGAGGAACCCCCCAGCCAGACACCACAGUGGCCCUUCCCCUUAGGCCUGCUGGGCCCCGGACGAGGCAGGGAACCAACCCUUUCACUAUUGGCCCUUCGCCACUAGUGACCUGUAUAACUGGAAGGCUCAAAAUGUGCCAUUCUCUUGGGACCCCCAAGACUUAACUAACCUUUUGGAGACAGUUUUAUUCACUCACCAGCCCACAUAGGAUGAUGUAAAUCAACUAUUGGGAGUCCUCUUCACCACGGAGGAGAGAAACUGGAUUCUGGAGAAUGCUCGGAAGCUAGUUCCAGGACCCACAGGUACCUCCCUAGUGGAUCCUGCCUUGGCAGCGGCUGCUUUUCCAUCCACUCGCCCUAACUGGGACUAUAAUACGGCGGAAGGUAAGGAGAGUCUCCGUGUUUACUGCCAGGCUCUGUUGGCAGGUCUCAAGGCUGCUGCACGCAAGCCUACUAAUAUGGCAAAAAUUUAUGAUGUAAGGCAGCGGGAUGGAGAAAGUCCAGCUGCAUAUUUAGAGAGGUUGAUGGGGGCUUUCAAGCAGUAGUCCCCGUACAACCCAGAGUCUGAGGAAGCCCAACAAGCAGUUAUUCUAGCCUAUGUGAACCAGGCAGCACCAGAUCUUAGGAAAAAGCUACAGUCGCUAGAAAGACUAGGGGAGAGGAAUCUGAGGGACUUAGUGGCAGUGGGGGGGAGGAGAGGGAGGGAGGGAGAGAGAGAGAGGACAGAGAGAUAAGAGGCAAGAGAAGAGCCUGACCAAGAUACUGGAACAGCAACAGACACAGAUGGAGAGAGUGCUCCUGGCUGCAGAAACAGGAAGCUAUGAGAAGGGGAAAAGGUCCCAGCCUAAGCUAGGAAAGAACCAGUGUGCAUACUGUAAGGAAGAGGGACACUGGGCUAGGGAAUGCCCUAAAAAUAGGAGCAAGAGAAAAAUGUCAGUGGGACUAGGAAGGAAGCCAACUUCCAUCCUUGCUGGCCUGGAGGAAGACAGCGACUAGGGAGGAUGGGGCUCGGCCCCCCUCCCCGAGCCUAGGGUAGCUCUAAGAGUGGAGGGGAAACCUGUCCACUUCAUGGUGGACACAGGUGUGGAAAGUUCAGUCCUCUUGACAUCCGGAGGACCCCUGUCAAGAAAACAAACCUGGGUACAGGGAGCAAUGGGCACUAAACCUUAUCAACGGACUACCCGAAGAACAGUGGACUUGGGAGUGGGACGGGUAACCCACUCAUUCCUAGUCAUUCCUGAGUGCCCAUACCCUCUUCUGGGGUGCCAUCUGUUGGCUAAA